AUGGGCCUGAACCAAAGAUCAGCAGACACGCCUCAAGAGAAGCUAUCAUGGCAUGGCCUCAAAACUUGCGGAUCUUAUUCAUCUGUAUUAACAGGAAGGGAUUUUGGACCAACUUUCGGUCCAGCACCAAAGAGCUUGGAUUACCGAUCAAUGGGUUAUGUGACUAAUGUUAAGGAUCAAGGUGAUUGUGGCUGUUGCUUUGCAUUUGCAUCGAUGUGUGCGCUUGAAGGUCAGAUGGCAAAGAAGUAUGGACAGUUAAAGUCUUUAUCGGAACAGAAUAUCGUUGACUGUACUUAUAAUCCUGUUACUGGUAAUUGGGGAUGUGAUGGUGGUUUCGCAGAACAAACAUUUCAAUAUGUCAAAGACAACAAUGGAGUAGCCAGCAGAGACUCAUAUCCAUAUGAAGGAGCCUUAGGAACUUGCAGAUACAACCCAAAAAAUAAGGCAGGAAAUGCAACAGGUUUCCAGAAAGUUCAAGGAGAUGAGGAGCUCCUGAAAAGAGCAUUAGCAGCUGUUGGACCUUUGGUAGUCGGAAUCAAAGCUGAUAUGGAGACGCUGUAUGGCUACUCAAAUGGAGUUUAUGAUGAUUCAGGAUGUUAUGGUGAUGUUAAUCAUGCUGUAGCGCUAGUUGGUUAUGGAACUGAAUAUUCAACAGGAAAGCCAGUGGACUACUGGAUUGUCAAAAAUUCAUGGUCAGAGUAUUGGGGCGAGAGUGGAUACGUGAAGAUGAUCCGAGGAGUUAAUAUCUGCAACAUCACAAGCUAUGUCGUCUAUCCGUUAGUGUAAAGACAACUGAAUAGUUUUGCAAAACUUACUGACUAGUGCCAAUGUCAAAUCGUGU